AUGAAAGGCUCACCGGCUCCAUCUCUGCGUAAUAUCAAGGCUCGAGCCCCCGUUAUAGGCGGCAACUUUGGUGUCUGGGGCGGCCUCUUCCGCGUGUGGGAUUCCUCUAUCAAGGGAAUUCGACAAAAAGAAGAUCCAUGGAAUGCCAUUAGAGCGGGUUUCAUGACUGGUGGAUCACCGGCGAUAAGGGGAGGCUUCAAGUCGGCAAGUAAUAGUACAAUUAGAUCCGCAAUGCUGCGUGCUGUGAUCGAAGGAGUUAGCAUCGGUUUCCAGGGAACGACAGCUGGAGGCACGCGUCUUGAGCUGCCAGAAAUGAUGGCCGAGCCAUGA